AUGUCUAAGCCGACCGCUUCUGCGCCGCAGCCUGAGGGGAAGAAGAGGCAGCGGGUCUCAAUCGCGUGUCUUGCGUGUCGGGGGAGGCGGAUGCGCUGUGAUGGACAACAACCGAUCUGCGGAUCCUGUGUGAGAAGAGGGACUCAGUGUGAAUUUCAGCAUGCGGAAAAUAAGCGCAGGUCGGAAUUCUUCCUUGAGCCACCGAGCAAGAAAUACGUCGAAUCGCUUCAAGCACGGAUAAGAUUGUUAGAGGCCCAGGUCGUGUCACUUGGGUCGCAGCCGCCGAUGACACUUCCCGAAACACAAUCGAUUGAGCCCGAAGGAGCCGAGCUCGAUGAGAGCACCGGUGAUGAGCAGGAUCCUCUCGCAGAACUUACGGGGCUAGUAGGGCGUCUCAACGUGAUUGAAGAUGGCCAGGUACACUAUUUUGGAUCACAAAGCUCAUACAACCUCGUCCGAGAACCAAUUCGCGAAGCCGAUCCUCACGAGCCGUCUCUCCGUCUGCAAAGACAGGGCAUUGCGGCCGCCGCGCAGUUAGGAAAACUGGUCACAAUAUCCGACGACAUGCAAAAUCACCUACUCGACAUUUACUGGCGAUGGCAGAAUCCAUGGAAUUACGUCAUCCACAAAGGAACGUUUUUGAGGAGUUUCAAAGGCGAGGAUGGGGGAAAAUACUGCUCACCCCUACUACUCUCCGCCAUCUUUGCCAUUUCGGCACGAUACUCGGAUCGCCCGGAGCUACGCUCAGACCCAAACGACCCGAACACCGCCGGCGAUGCAUUUUGCGAGCAUGCUAAGAUUUUGCUACUGUAUGAGAGCGAGGCGCCGACGAUCACAACUGUUCAAGCCGCGUGUCUCUUGGCUCUUCGCAUCAUGUCGGAUGGCAAGGAGGCUCUCGGAUGGCUAUACUCAGAGCCUUUAGGAAACGCAACAAGAAUGGCUCAUAAUCUUGGCUUAAAUCUUGAUUGUUCAAAAUUUGUGACUUCCGGGCUGUUGUCAGAGGAUGAGGCCGAUACGAGAAAGGUGACGUGGUGGGGAUGUUAUGUCGUGGAUAAACUAUUCUCGCUAGGGUUGGGCAGACCAAGCAGCACACCAAAGUCAAGCAUCACUUGCCCGAAGCCUAGCAUCGAUAACGAGGAAGAGUACACGCCUUGGAAACCGACACCUGGCGGGGCGUUUGAUGAGAGCACUCUUGGUGUUCACUCUCACAUCUCAUCAACAGCCCACCAUGUAUCAGAAACUUACACAAUUGCAUGCGAGGCUAUGGAUAUGAUAAUUUUCUCCAUAUUGACAAUUGUCAGAUACGCAAUCAACAGCAAACUUUCACCGAGAGAAAUUGAGGACAUCGUUACAAAGGCCGAUGUCGAGUUACAAUCACACUAUCGAGCGUUGCCUAGCUACCUCCGCCUACCUUCUUCCCCCAAAGUACCUAUGCUUCCACAUAUCUGCUUGUUUCAACCCUUGAUGCGAAAGAGAAAAUCAAGACGUUCUGUGAGCAAGAGUGCUUCGUCUCCCGAAGAUACAAGCAGCUUGGCUGAUGACGAAUAUGCAAAUGAGCACAUGACUACUUGCCGUCAUUCAGCAGCAGAAAUCGCCAGGCUCUUGAGGGUUUACAAGCAACAGUACACUCUGCGUCGUAUACCGAUCGCGGCUGUUCAUCUAUGCUUCUCGGCAGUUAUAAUCCAUCUCAUCGAUGCUCGGCCGUCAAAUCCCAAGAGGCAACUGGCAAUUCAUCACUUGCAGACGUGCAUCGACGCGUUGAGGGAUCUGAGGACGGCGUGGUGUGCCUGGAGUGAUCGGGCACUGCGAGCAAUCCAGUUACUGGCAAGAGAGUGGUACCACUGCGACGAUGUGUCACAAUUACAGCAUGUCAACAACCCCAACAGAGGAGGAGCCCGUGAGGCGGGCUACGUUAGUUUGGGCGAUUUGACUAUGGGUGUGGGAGGAGCAGCAGGCGGCCAGCUAAUGGGGCCUUCAAUUGCUUCACCAGGCGCGACUGCUGAGAGUACGAUGGUGAACACGGGGCGAGAGCAGGCUGUGGCGGAAGGAGAUCCACUGGCCUUUCUGUUUGAUGCCAGUAUGCCAGAUCAGUACACUGAUACGCUGGUCAGAGAGUGGCUUGCAGAGAGCGGAUACGAUGAUAUGCUGAAUAUGGCCAACCAGUAA